CUAUGUUGUUUUCGAGAUAGCAAUAUGCAUUGUUAAUUUUUAAAAUAUUUGUUGCUUUUAAUAUACAUUUUUUUAAUAUGAGGAAAUUAUUUUGUCUCAUUGAAAUUCUAAUAUGAUGUUGCAAUAUUUAAAAAAACAAAAAACAAAAAUAAAGGGGUCAUGGUGUAUAACCGAGUUGAUUAAGAAUUGCAAUUUUCACCCAAAAGUUAGUAGUAUAACCGAGUUAGACAGUAAUUCAAAUAUGGUUAGAAUAAGGAUAAAAAUAAUUUAAUAGAUCAAUGACUUGUUAUAGAAAUCUACAAUAUUUAGAAUUAGAAUUGUAAUAGGAAUCAAACUUUCGAAUCCACAUUAUAUAAUGGUGUAUAAUUUUUUUGUACAAAAUCAAAUUACAACAUAUCCGCCUCUAAUUUUCUUUCUCUGCUGCGUUUUUGUUUAUCUUCUGCGAUUGAACGAAUUCUUGGAUAUAUAAUAUUCAACAAUGACGACAAUCGAAACUCUGCAAGUAAAUGAAAGAUCAUUUACAAUUGCAUUGAAGGCUUUGAGAAUAGGCCACGAAGUAAAUUGUGGACCUAAUUUAAGCACAAAAAUCUGGAAAUUGAUAAUGGUUGACAAAGAGGUAAGUCACAAAUUUAAUUAUAACUUUAAUUUUUACAAUUUAUAUAUUUAUCACUCAAUUUGCAGGGUGUCCAAAUUGGAGCGACAAUGUUCAAUAAUGAAAUAAGCAAAUUUGGAAAAAAGUUUGAAUCCAACAAAACGUAUUUAAUCUCUAAUGGAGAGGUUAGAAACGUUAAUACUAUGUAUCCAAGCAUCCAUAGAGAAAAAGAGAUCAUACUCAAUAGAUACUCUGAUAUAAAGGAAGCAUUCGACGAGAUAGAGUAUAAAAUACCAUAUAAUUUUGUGGAGUUCAACGAUGUGGAACAAAAGCUUGACAAGGAAGAAGAGUUUGAUAUUUCUGGAAUGUUAGUACAAGUACAAAAAAGUCAACAGAUUCCUAUCAAAGGAGUGAACAAGGCUGUGAGAAACAUAACUCUCAUGAACAAAAAAUCUGAACUUGUAGAGAUAUCUUUAUGGGAAGAUAUGGCGAAAAAUGAAGGACAUGACCUUGAACAAAUAACUGGAGGCAAGCCAACUGUUGCAAUUUCCUAUGUCGUCGCAAAAAGGAAAUUUGGUGGUAUACUCUUGCAAAAUACAAUGAAAUCCGUCUUGCAAAUUACACCAACAUGCAAAGAGAUCCAGCCGAUCCAAUCGUGUUCUGAUGUUGAUGAUGAUGCAUUAGCAAUUGCUAAAUUAGCAAUGGCACAAAAAAUAAAACAAGCAAAGGAAGUCACUCUUAAAGAUCUCAGAGACAAUCAACAUUUAUUAUCAGAGGGUGUUUCGUAUUGUUUUACGGGAAUUAUCGACAAAGUUGAAAAUAAAGCAACAAUAUGGUAUGAUUCUUGUAAAAAUUGCAACACAUCUUUCUCCAAAAUUGAUGAGAGUGCAAUAUGCAAAAAAUGCAAUGAAGAAGUUCUUGAGACGUCGCCCAGAUACAGAAUCACAAUAAAUGUUAUACAAGGCGACUGCAAUGCACGUAUUACAUUAUUCGGUCAAGUGGCAGAGGUAUAUGUAGGAUGCUCUGUGGAUGAAUAUCUUUCUUCAAUCAAAGAGGGUGAAACAGAAUCCACAUACUAUAGACGACUAAGCACACAAGUGUACACAGAAAUGCGCUUCAUGACGAUGCUCAAGUCUAUAAAAUUUGAUCAACGAGGAAAUCUCAAUAUCGUAGCAAAUGCAAUCGAAAAAAUGGAACAAAUGGAAAGCAUCGAUGUUGGAGAUAUUGAAGAAGAGCCGACUGAAGUGGAGGAAAAGAAACAUUCACCCGAGAAAUCAAAAAAGAAAAUUCCGUCUAGAAAGAAAAAAACUACGAUGGAGUUGCAGCCCACAGAAUCGCAAAAGAAAAAAAGAAGGAUAACCAAGAAAAAGUUUGAUGACUACAUUGACAUUACAAGUGACGACGAUCUGCCGCUGAACAGCAUUUUGCAAACCAAAAAUAACAAGAAGAGAUCCCCAAUCGUCAAAAUCAAACAAGAAAAGAUUUAAAAUUCGUCUUACUCCUUACUUAGAUAAUUUAGGAUGUUUUUCAUAGAUUUUUUUGCAUUUUUAUUUAGAAAUAUGAAUAUUACUUUAUUACUUUUAAAUUUAAUCAUUAAUAAUUGCAUUGGUUCCUUUUUUUAUUUACAUAGUAAAAUUCAAACGUGUUCAACGUGCAUCGCACGUUCUUCCUG